UUCACCACCGAUUAAAUUUAAUAAUACAAAAUCCAUACCCACACGCACCAACAAACCCUCCUCAUUGGCAGUUGUUUCAUCAGCCACCGUUUUCUUAUCGUAACAACAAUUCCGGCAUCCAUCCAUCUUAUCGCCGGAAAAACAUAUACUCCCGCCGGUGACCGAUAUAUAUAUAUUUAGAUAUAUAUGGGGAUACUUAUAUAGAUUGAGCCAACCAAUAGGGUUUUAUUAAAUUUAAUUUAAUAAUUAUAAAAUUAAAAAAAUGGCGAAAAAAAGGAAAUCAUUAGCAACAAGUUUAGAUGAAGUGGAUCGGACGAUGUACUCGACGUUUUGCAACGCCGCGAAUUCAUUAUCGCAGCUUUAUUCACAAGGAAUGAAUCAACAGAAGCUUUCUUUUCUCUCCGGCGAACGCCAUGGAUUGGAAAAGCUCUAUCAAUGGAUUUCCAAGCAUGAUGCUGAAGGAUUAAGAGUGACCUCGGAAGAUAUACUUGCCUAUAUUGAGGCUGAGCUAGAGCAUUCUGUGGAGGAGCCAUCAAUGGCGCCAAGAGCUGUACAGCAGAGUCAGCAGCACACGCAAGUGACAAACCCAUUCAUAAAUUCCGGAUCAUCAAGUGGAUUCCGGUGCGACUACAAUGAUCAGCCAUCUAGAAACUACAUAUUCUCCAAUGCUUUAUCGAGCCCCGUUCGUCGUAGUCUUCAGAACUAUCAUAUAUCCCAGGAAGGAUCCGGUGUCAAGACCCAUGAACAUCAGGAUUCUUCAAUGGACAUGCAUGCAGAUAGCACAGGUCAUGAUCCUUCUAAUCAUUGAGAACUUUUCAGUCCCAUCUACAUGCAUAUGUCAAAACAUUAAAGGGUUUUUGAGAGUUAAGGCAUACUUUUACCAAGUGUCCGUGGUUCAAUAGAAUGCUUUAAAACGUCAAAACAGCAGUCCGUUCCAUUAAACUAGUGGUGAAGGUUGGAAAAGAAUUUGGUGAAGAAAAAGCAAGUUUGGUAGUAGAGAAUCAGUUAUUGUUCUCAUAGAUGAAUGCAAGUUGUGUGGAUCAUUUGAUGUUUAAUUAUAUAUAGUGGUUUUUUACAUGUAUGAAACUUUGAGAUAUCUGGAUUGCUACUGUUUUAAUUUUUAUGCAUCUUUGUCCGGUUGUCCCUC